CUUCAUCACUCCAAAAUUCAAAACCCUGAAAUCCUCCCCCAUCCCAAUGAUGUCAUCAAAUUACCAUCUUGCCACUACAGUUCCUUUCCUUCUACUCAUCUUCAUCCUCUCGAUCCAGCCGUCCAGUUCCGCCCUGGUGAAAGAACAGCCAUUGAUAUUGAAAUACCACAACGGUACUCUGUUAAAAGGAAAGAUCGACGUUAACCUAAUCUGGUAUGGUAAAUUCACUCCUGUCCAACGUACGAUAAUACUAGAUUUCAUUCUCUCUCUACAAUCGCCGUCACCGUCUCCUUCCGUUAACUCGUGGUGGAAGAUAACGGAGAAAUACAAGGGCGGCGCCGCCGCCCUUGUAUUAGGAAAACAGAUACUCAAUGAAGAGUAUUCUCUCGGGAAAUCGUUAACGGAUAAACAUCUGAUUUCGUUGGCUUCUAAAACUAACGGAGUGAUUAACUCCGUUAAUAUCGUGUUAACGGCGAAUGACGUGACAGUAGGCGGUUUCUGCAGUCGAUGUGGGACACAUGGUUCGGUUCGAUUUAAGACGAGUCGAUUGGUUUACGCGUGGGUGGGUAACUCGGAGACUCAGUGUCCGGGUCAGUGUGCUUGGCCUUUUCAUCAGCCGAUAUACGGGCCACAGACGGCGCCGUUGGUUGCGCCUAACGGCGAUGUUGGAGUUGACGGGAUGGUGAUAAAUCUGGCUACUGUGUUGGCGGGGACUAUAACGAAUCCGUUUAAGAACGGGUAUUUUCAAGGUCCGGUGACGGCGCCGUUAGAGGCGGUUACGGCUUGUACUGGGGUAUUUGGGUCGGGUGCUUAUCCGGGUUAUACGGGUGAGGUAUUGGUGGAUAAGGAAACUGGAGCGAGCUAUAAUGCGCAUGGGGUUAAUGGGAGGAAGUAUUUGUUACCGGCUAUGUGGGACCCAACUACGUCUAAAUGUUUUACCCUGGUUUGAAUUUAGAGAGAGGAGAGAGAGAGAGAGAGGUGUGGAUGUGUAUGUAUGUAGGAUGGGGGGAGAGUAUGGGGAAAUGGUAAAGUUUGGUUUGUCGUUUUAUGUCACAAUGUAAAAAUUCCUUUUCUUUUUAUGAGAAAAAAAUAAAAAUAUGUGUAUUUGAUGUA